AUGGCCCCGUCCCUGUCUGCCCUUCUCGGUCUCGGGCUGUGUCUGGGGCAGGUGGUGCAAAGCUCCCCUUCCCUUCUAGUCUCUCUGCCCAAGCCCUCCCUCCGUGCCCUGCCUAGCUCCCUAGUGCCGCUGGAGAAGCCGGUGACCAUCCAAUGCCAGGGGCCUCCGGGUGUGGACCUGUACCGCCUGGAGAAGCUGAGGUCUGGGAAGUAUAAGGAUCAGGCCGUCCUCUUCAUCCCGGCCAUGAAGCAAAGUUUCGCCGGGUGCUACCGCUGCUCCUACCAGAACGGGACCCGCUGGUCUCCCCCCAGCGACCGGCUGGAGCUGGUGGCUACCGAAGUUUACGCCAAGCCCUCGCUUUCAGCCCAGCCUGGCCCGGCCGUAUCCCCAGGAGGGGAUGUCACUCUACAGUGUCGCAGCCAAUACGGUUUUGACCAAUUUGCUUUAUACAAGGAGGGGGACACUGGCCCCUACAAGGGACCUGAGAGGUGGUACAGGGCCGAUUUCCCCAUCAUCACAGUGACUGCUGCCCACAGUGGGAUCUACCGAUGCUACAGCUUUUCCAGCCAACACCCAUACCUGUGGUCAGCCCCCAGCGACCCCCUGGAGCUUGUGGUCACAGGGACUUCUGCGACCCCCGGCUGGUUACCCACAGAACCACCUUCCUCUGUGACAGAAUUCCCAGAAGCCUCCAGGAAACUGAACAUCUCAUUUAUCAACAAAGGCUCCACAACUGAGCCUUCCAGGAAUAUCACCAUCUUUCCAAAGGGGUCAGACUCUCCAAUUGGUCUUGCCCAGCAGCACUACACCAAGGGCAAUCUGGUCCGGAUAUGCCUCGGGGCUGUGAUCCUAAUACUCUUGGUGGGGUUUCUGGCAGAAGACUGGCACAGCCGAAAGAAACCCCUGCUGCACUUGGUCAGAGCUGUCCACAGGCCACUCCCACCCCUUCCGCAAACCCAGAAGCCACACAGUUGGCAGGACAAGGGUCGACCAGAUGGCUAUACCCAUGGGUGCCACAACUAGAACCCCAAGGCUUGGCUGUAUCUGUGAGACAGGGAUUGUGGAGACCGUGUGUGGAACGCACUCACGAAACCUCAGACCCUGAGAAUGAAGAUGCUCUAGGAAAAACCUACAUCCAGCGGAACAAGAGGCCUUGAGACAGAAACAGAAGGAAGGA